UUCAAACAACAUGUCACGCAUUCUACUCCUAUUGGCAUUAUGUUCCGUAUGCUUCCUGGCCGUAGAGGCCCAGGGAGGUGGACGACAACUCUGCGAGCGUCAAAAUCGAAUUUGCCAAUCCAAUGAACGCCGUUUGGGACGUCGCGAUGAUGUCACGGAUGCAUUCAAUGCUCGUUGCCGAAGGGAUAAUUCAAGAUGGCGCAACAUAUCACGUUGUGAACUGGCCAGGGCUUCAUGCCAGUUAACUGCCGUUCGUUGCUCAUUGCUGGCUUGCCGUGAUGUUGCCGAUGCUCUACGCGGUGGACCUGCAACACCCUCUCCACGACCACCAUCUCGACCAACAUCUCGACCAACUCCAGCUCCUACUCCAACAACAGCUGAGUAA